UGGGGAGGCUCCGCGCCGUCCAACCCCUACACCACCAACGAGGAGGGAUUCGGCCCCGCCUGGGCCAACUCCCUGUUCGAGGACAAUGCGCAAUUCGGCCUGGGCAUUGCCACCGGUGCCGCGCAGCGCCGGGAGGCCCUGCACCAUCGCGUGCAGGAGGCGCUUGCGUCUUCCGUGCCCAUGAGCGAGGAGCUGCUCGAGGCGCUGACCGGGUGGUUCGAGAACUACGAGGAUGCGGAGGUGGCCAACGUGGCCGCCAAGGAGCUGGUUCCCCUCCUGGAGCAGGAGAAGGACGAGCACCCCGCCAUCAAGGCCAUCUACGCCGAGCAUGACAUGCUGCACAAGCCCUCCACUUGGAUCAUUGGCGGCGACGGUUGGGCGUACGACAUCGGCUUCGGCGGCCUGGACCACGUGCUUGCUUCCGGAGAGAACGUCAACAUCCUGGUGCUGGACACGGAGGUGUACAGCAACACCGGCGGACAGCGCUCCAAGGCCACGCCCAUGUCGGCGGUCACCAAGUUCGCCGCUGGUGGCAAGGAGCGGCCCAAGAAGGACCUGGGCGCCAUUGCCAUGAGCUACGGGGACGUGUACGUGGCGUCGACGUCGCUCCACGCCAACUACGGCCAGGUCGUCAAGGCCAUGUCGGAGGCAGAGCGCUACCCUGGCGUUAGCCUGGUGCUGUGCUACUCGCCCUGCAUCAUGCACGGCAUUAGCAGCGGCAUGUGCAGCGCCAUUGACGAGAGCAAGAUGGCGGUUGAGACCGGCUACUGGCCGCUGUACAGGUACAACCCGUCCAUCAAGGAGGACGCCACGCACCACCGCUUCCAGCUCGACUCCAAGAAGAUCAAGGGCGACCUGGAGGAGCUGCUCAAGCACGAGAACCGCUUCCAGAUUCUGGCCCGCAAGGCGCCCGAGGUCGCCGAGAAGCUGCACCACGACCUGGACGAGGCGGUGCACGCCCGCCACGACAGGUACAAGAGCAUGGCUGCUGGCGACUACUCGGCGCCGGGCCACGUCGCUCCCGGCCGUGACGAGCCGCGGCAGUAAAUGCAUGAAUUGUCAACAGCUGUACCAACAUGCGAAGAGAAGACGCGUGCAGGCUUACUUAGGUUGAGGGGGAGUUCUGAGCCAUAGCCUACGGCAAAGCCACUGCCCUGUAAGAUAAGUUUAUUGACUUACGACUUUAAUGACGUGGGUGCUCCCGUGCGCGGGUAUUGCGAGCGGGCGAGCCAUGCUGUACCGGACCGUGACUUUUACCGGCUGAAGAAAUUUAUCUAAUGGGUUGGGGAAGAUAGCCGUGCUGCGGAAAUACAUGUGGAUCGAUAGCUGUACAGCGAAAUGUGUUUUAGCGAUGCAGGGAUGAACGCGGCUGCAGAUGUGCAGGUUGUGCCAUGUGUUGCCUGCAUUAUGUCACGUUCAUGUGUCUGUUGGCGUUUGCUUCUUUUUUGACCCAUAUUGGGAUUCUUGACCCACGGGUCGACCUUAACCUUUGUAACACG